GAUCGCGCUGUUGUGCGAAAUGGCGUCGAAGGUGGGACCGGACUUGCGUGCGUCGGUGCUCCUGCUAUGUGAAAGCGAUGAUUCAGAGAGCUCAGACAGUUCAAGUUCGAGCUCAAGCAGCAGUUCAAGUUCGAGCUCGGGCAGCAGCUCCGGCGAAUCGCGUUCGCGGCUACUUUGCGAACGAAAGUUCACGGAGCUCUUUGGACCUCGUAACAAGAGACCCAAGAUCGAGGAUUACAUCGAGCGAACGGUUCACGUCUACUGGGACGAGGAGUUCCGUCGGAACUUUCGCAUCUCGAGGCGAACAGCCUACAAGCUGAUCGACGAGUUUGCGGCGUCUCCUAUGUACCCCGCUGCCGAUCACGGAGGAUCGCCAGCGAAGAGCGCAGAGGAGCACCUGCUGUCAUUUCUCUGGUACGCGGCUAACAAAGCAUGCAUCAGAGACGUUGCCGGACGUUUCAACCUGGGUGAGAGCACGCUUCACGGCAUGAUGGAUCGAGUUCUGGAUUUCGUCCUGAGCAUCGGACCGCGCCUCAUCAAGUUCCCCGAGGAUCUGGAGCGCCUGUCAAGAGACUUUGAAGAGGUAUCCGGUGUCCCUGGCACAAUUGGGUGCAUCGAUGGGUCAUACAUCGCCAUUGAGUGCCCAGCCAAAAAGAUCCGGUCAACUUACGUCAACCGGCAUGGUUACCCGUCGUUGACACUCCAGGCAAUCUGUGACCGCCACAAGCGGUUCCUGGAUGUAACUACUGGACACCCAAGCAAGGUCCAUGAUGCCAGGGUGUAUCGAACAUCAAGCAUUGCAGACAAGCUACCAGAGAUCUGCCGCAGGAGCCAGUACCACAUCCUCGGCGAUGCGGCGUAUCCUUUGAGAGAAUAUAUGCUAACUCCCUUCCGGGAUUAUGGUCGCCUGACCGCAAAGCAGAGGAAUUUCAAUCUGAAAUUCUCGGGCACUCGUGUGCUAAUAGAGAACUCUUUCGCUGACCUAAAAAAGCGUUUUAGGCAGCUAAAGCUCCUCGAAUUCAUCACUGUGGACCACUCAGCAAAGUUCAUUAUUGCUUGUUGCGUCCUCCACAACCUCUGCAUUGAGGCCGGAGAGCAUAGCGUUGUGGAGGACCCCGAAGACGGGGAGGCUAGACGCCCAGACACUGACUCCCUGGAGGAGUUUGGGCCCAUGACGGCCACAGAUUCCAUCCUCCGCAGACUUGGAGAGGAGAAGAGGGAUAGGGUCAUUGCCCAAAUGGGGCUGAGAUGAGUCGCCAUCCGGAGACGGAAACUCGCAAGCUUAUUUUCACAACCUCAUUGGAGGCCUGUAGAAUGUAGGCCUUGGGGACAAGGGGCGUCUGCCCGAGUUCUUGCUCUUUCCCUCCCCAUCAAUGUGGCAUAACAUUCCCUUCAAAUCUUUUUUUUUUUUUGUGAUAGUUUUUUUUUGCUCUGGCGAGGCCCCAUUUCGUAGACAGGCAGUGGCCUUGGUAACAGGUAGUGGAGUUUGUAGCAUGACCCCUUCCCCCCCC